AUGGUAUGGACCUGUUUUUCAUACUAUGGAGUAGGAAAGCUAUUAUUCAUUGAAGGAAAAAUGAAUUCAAUCAAAUACAUUAGCAUUCUUACCGAUAACUUAGACGCUUUUGCAGAAAUGAUGGGUCUUCCAGAGUGCUUUUUUCAGCAGGACAACAAUUUAAAACAUACUGCAAACAUAACAAAGCAGUGGUUUGCAGCAAAUAAUGGAAUGUUAUCAGCAUGGCCUUCUAAAUCCCAGAUUUAA